AUGGAUAUAGAUCUUAGAUUACCUUCCGGAGAACAUGAUAAGGAAGAUGAAGAACCAAAUGGAAUUGAUAAUUUGUUAGAUGCUGAGGACAAACUGCAUAAUGGAGAUGGAGAGAGAGGAAUUAUGGUGGAUGUUGGAGAUGAGGUACACACUGAAGAUGUAGGGGACAUGAAUUCACCUGCAGCAGAUAUGAUAGAGUUUAAAGAGGAUAUAAAUCUUGAGCCGCUUUCUGGUAUGGAAUUUGAAUCACAUGGGGAAGCAUAUUCUUUCUAUCAAGAAUAUGCUAGGUCUAUGGGAUUUAAUACUGCAAUACAGAACAGCCGUCGUUCAAAGACAUCAAGAGAAUUCAUCGAUGCAAAAUUUGCUUGUUCUAGAUAUGGCACUAAGCGUGAGUAUGAAAAGUCCUACAAUCGACCGCGUAGCAGACAAGGACACAAGUUAGAAGGGGAGAAUGCAACUGGUCGACGAUCAUGUGCAAAGACAGACUGCAAAGCAUGCAUGCAUGUGAAGAGAAGACCUGAUGGAAAAUGGAUUAUACAUAGAUUUGAGAAGGAGCAUAAUCAUGAACUUUUACCUGCUCAAGCUGUUAGUGAACAAACAAGAAAGAUGUACGCUGCAAUGGCAAGACAAUUUGCGGAGUACAAAAGUGUGGUUGGACUCAAGAAUGACUCCAAAAAUCCAUUUGAUAAAGGUCGGAAUUUGGGUCUCGAAGUGGGAGAGGCAAAGAUUUUACUUGAGUUUUUUAUGCAGAUGCAGAGUGUGAAUUCCAACUUUUUUUAUGCAAUUGAUUUAAGUGAAGAUCAACACCUGAAGAAUUUAUUCUGGGUCGAUGCCAAAAGCAGACAUGAUUACGUCAAUUUCAAUGAUGUUGUGUCUUUUGAUACUACUUAUGUUAGAAACAAGUAUAGAAUGCCUCUUGCUCUUUUUAUUGGGGUGAAUCAACAUUAUCAAUUCAUGCUGCUUGGAUGUGCUUUGGUGUCUGACGAAAGUACAGCUACAUUUUCUUGGGUAAUGCAGACAUGGCUUAAAGCAAUGGGUGGACAAGCUCCAAAAGUAAUAAUCACAGACCAAGACAAAGCGAUGAAAUCUGUUAUUUCAGAGGUCUUUCCAUCUUCUCAUCAUUUCUAUUUCUUGUGGCAUGUCCUUGGGAAGGCUUCUGAAAUUCUUAGUCCUGUAAUUAAACAACAUGAAAAUUUCAUGGCAAAACUAGAGAAAUGCAUUCACUGGUCGUGGACCGAUCAGGAGUUUGAGAAAAGGUGGCGAAAAUUGGUUGACAGGUUUGAACUUAAAGAGAAUGAAUGGAUUCAAUCAUUGUAUGAAGAUCGUAUACAAUGGGUACCAACCUACAUGAGGGAUGCUUUUUUAGCUGGAAUGUCUACAGUUCAGCGAUCUGAGAGUAUGAACUCUUUUUUUGACAAAUACGUGCAUAAGAAGACAACUGUGCAAGAGUUUGUAAAACAGUAUGAGGCAAUACUGCAGGACAGGUAUGAAGAGGAAGCCAAGGCAGAUUCUGAUACAUGGAACAGGCAUCCUGCCCUCAAGUCUCCAUCACCUUUUGAGAAACAUAUGUCAGGGAUGUACACACAUGCAGUAUUUAAGAAAUUCCAAGUUGAGGUUUUAGGUGCAGUUGCUUGUGUUCCUCGACGAGAGAGAGAAGAUGAGACAACCGUAACUUUUAGAGUUCAAGAAUUUGAAAAGAAACAAGAGUUCACUGUUACUUGGAAUGAAUUGAAGUCAGAAAUAUCUUGUAUAUGCCAUAUGUUUGAAUUCAAAGGUUUUAUCUGUAGACAUGCAAUGAUUGUUCUCCAAAUAUGUGGCCUUUCCACUAUCCCAUCUCAAUAUAUCUUGAAACGGUGGAUGAAAGAUGAUGCCAAGAGCAGACAUUUGAUGGGAGAAGGAUCUGAACAGGUAAAAUCUAGGUUGCAACGAUACAAUGAUUUAUGUCAACGAGCGAUGAAAUUGGGUGAAGAAGGGUCAUUAUCUCAAGAAAGUUACAAUUUUGCAUCCCAUGCACUAGAAGAUGCUUUUGGGAGUUGUGUUAGUAUUAAUAACAAUAGUAAGAAUCUUGUAGAAGCUGGCACAACAACUGCUCCUGGUCUUCUCUCCAUUGAGGAUGAUAACCAAAGUAGAGGAAUGAGCAAGACAAAUAAAAAGAAGAAUCCAACCAAGAAAAGAAAGGUAAACACGGAGCCGGAUGUUAUGACCAUGGGGACUCAAGAAAACUUGCAACAAAUGGAUAAAUUAAGUUCAAGGCCUGUCACCCUUGAUGGCUAUUUUGGCCCCCAACAGAGUGUGCAAGGAAUGGUACAAUUGAACUUAAUGGGACCUACACGUGAUAACUACUACGGAAAUCCACAGACCAUCCAGGGGCUGGGACAAUUAAACACUAUAGCACCAGGCCAUGAUGGCUAUUAUGGCGCUCAGCCAAGUAUGCAUGGACUGGGACAGAUGGACUUCUUCCGAACACCAGGCUUCCCGUACGGGAUUCGGGAAGAACCCAAUGUGAGAUCUGCGCAAUUGCAUGAUGAUGUGUCAAGACAUGCAUGAGGAGCACCUUUCUCUCUGCAAAGAUGAGGUUGGAAAAAAGGUGUUAAAAGGUGGACUCUCUGUAAAGAAUUAUAUGUAAUGUGCAUUGUGGAUGGAAGGAUUACCAGAGAGAAGGAUCUCUUUUGGUCCUUUGGUGUCUGUAAAAUAGAUGAUAGAUUAGGCAGUUUGAUAUCAAAACUGGUUUACACUUCGAAUUCUGCUUCUCUCUCUCUUGUUAAAGUUGUAAUAAUUGUUGUUGUGAUGUUUAUUAAGCCUAACUACGUCCUUUAAAUUUAUCACCUGCGGGUAAUUUAUCACUA